CAUCAUUCUUAUAACUAUAGAAAUAUUGAACUAUUGAAGCAUUGAACUCAAAUCAGUAGAAUUCAAGUGAAGAACAAAAAUGGAGGAAUCAUUGCGAAUUAAAGAAAUCGAAGAAACUAUUUCCACUGAAGAAUUUGAGUCUCAAAUCGAAACCCUAAACGUUCCCGUUGUUUUCAGAGGAUGUGUUAAGGAUUGGAAAGCUUUCCAAAGUUGGAACCCUAAAAAUGGCGGUCUCGAUUAUUUGCAGGAGCGGGUGCAAUCAACUAUUGUGGAGGUAAUGCUAUCAAGAUCAGCACCUGUCUUCUAUGGUGAUAUUAGAAGCCAUGAGAGGGUUCCACUGCCGUUUUCUUCAUUCAUUGGGUUUUGUAAGAGGGGUCAGAGCAAAGAUGAUAGUCUUGAUGCCUGCAAUGAGUCUGAGAUACUUCAGAGUGUGGGAUUGGAUGCCGAGUUGUGCAAUUCUUUAACAAAUGCUCGUGAUCAGAUUUAUUUAGCUCAGGUUCCAAUCCUGAACAGAGAGAAUGAAGAAAGGGUACAAUUAGAAAGUUUACAAGAAGACAUUAAAAUACCUUCUUUCUUGGGACCAAGUAAAAUUUCUUCUAUCAAUUUGUGGAUGAAUAAUGCAGAGGCUAGAUCAAGCACACACUAUGAUCCACACCAUAAUCUUUUAUGUGUAAUUUCUGGGUGCAAGCAAGUUGUUUUAUGGCCACCAUCUGCUGGCCCGCUGUUGUAUCCUAUGCCAAUUUACGGAGAGUCCUCUAAUCAUAGCUCUGUUACUCUUGAUUCUCCUGAUUUUUCGCAUUAUCCAAGAUUUGAACGCGCUCAUGAGUACUCCCAGAAACUCACUCUUCAAGCAGGAGAUGACCUUUUUAUUCCUGAAGGCUGGUUCCAUCAAGUUGAUAGUGAUCAAUUGACCAUAGCUGUUAACUUUUGGUGGAGAUCGAAUAUGAUGUCGAACAUGUUGGAACACAUGGAUGUAUAUUACUUGCGUAGCAUAUUGAGAAGAUUGAUUGACAAAGAGAUGAAUCAGAUGUUGCAGAAAACUUAUGAUGCAGGUUCUGGCAAACUGAGAGAUUGCGGAAGUGAAGCACCUGAUAAUGGAAAAACAGAUAGUCAAGGAAUUCUCGCACACCAGAAGCAUGAAAAUAAGAUUAAUCUGAACGUCAAACCUCAUGAUCUUGCCCCCCUAGCACUUGAAGCACUUCAUGAACUUCUUUCUCUCGUCCAUGAUGGGGUUAGUGCUGUCAGUCAUCAACCAUGCACUUCUACAAGUGAUUCUAGGGUGAUUCCUGAUAGGAAUGGCAAGAACACAAUGGUUACCAAGUCCUAUUGCCCCAGUGCUGCCACUCAAGAUCAAUGCACUUCAAGAAGUGAUUCAGGAGUUAUUCCAGACAAGGACUCAAAGAACGUGCCAAUAUCUAACUUAUGUCGCCUGAAAGAUGAUUCAAUUGCCAGUAUUCUCUGGAAUCUUAAUCCACUUGAUCUUCUGACAGUUUUUAUGGCAAUGGUGAACAGCUUUCCCAGAACCUUAGAGGCAUUGAUACUUCACAUGCUUUCGCCAGUGGGGGCUGAAGUUCUUACGCGAAAAUUUGAUGAAUUAGAUCAGCAACUGACUGAAGAAGACCGGGGCUCAUUCUACCAGAGGUUUUAUAGUGUGUUUGAUGAUCAAUUUGCUGUAAUGGAUGUGAUCUUGAAAAGAAAAGAGUCAUUUGCACACCAGGCAUUCAAGAAUGUUUUGCAGCUAUACAUGGGAGUGACACUCAGCGGGUCCAGUUGACGGGAUACUGAUUCUUUUUUGGGACAGCUUGGUCUUGCCUGUUAUAAAUAGAAAGUUCGAGUGCUUAAACAGUGAAUUUCUUUGUCUUCUGCGGCAUAUUUCUCAUGUGAGUCACUCAUUGCAUUGUAGAAUAUUUAUGGUUCUAAUUUGAAUACUAGUGUACUCCAUAUUUGUAGAUGUUGGAUGCUUUGUGGAUUUUUCUGUAUAAUUCAAAUCAUGUUAUGACAUUGAGUACAGUAAAAUGUUGUCCUUGGGAUUUCUGUUGAUGUUUUUACUUAAUCUCAAGUACUACGUCGGCUUGUUA